AUGCUGAAAAUGAAAGAUACGAUAUGUCUUUCGCUUCUUUUUUACAUCGUAAAUAUUCACUGCGAAGAUCUUUGGAAAUUAAAUUUAACAACUUUAGAAGACAAUUCGUUAUUUCUCCAAUGGCGACCGACUUACCAUAUUUUAUCACCAAAUUCUUGGAUGAACGAUCCAUGUGGUCCUUAUUACAAUCCCAAAACGCACACCUAUCAUUUGUUUUAUCAAGUUCAGCCUGGUUUCAUUCAAUGGGGUAAUAUUUCCUGGGGUCAUCUUAAAUCCACCGAUAUGAUCUUUUGGGAAGAUGUCACUGCCUGGACGAACGAAGAUUAUCUGACAUUUACACCCGGCCAGGGAAAUAAUGAAAGUCGCAUGGGUGUUUUUACCGGCUCUGCUCUACCUGUUUCGCCAACCGGUGAUGAGACCAGUGGAAUUGUCACAGUAAUUUAUACAAGCGUGAAAUUCUUACCGAUUAGCUGGAAUGGAUUUUAUCAAACAGGAAGUGAAACACAAUCGUUGGCAGUUUCAUUCGAUGAUGGAAUAACAUUUGAACAUUAUGAUAAGAAUCCAAUUGUUGUUUCACCACCCUCAGGGUGGAAUGUCACUGGCUGGAGAGACCCAAAGUUUGAAAAAUCCAAGGAAAUUGAUUUGUUUCUUUAUGGAACGAAUCAAGAGAACUAUUAUAUGACGAUUUCAUCGGGAAUUCGUGGUGUUGGUCCGAGAUUGUUGCUGUACCAAUCAUCAUCAACAAAUUUAACUCAUUGGACAUAUUUAGGUUCACUCUUAUCUGUUCCAGGUAAUUUUACGUUUAAUCAAGAGUGGUCAGGAUCAUUUGGAUUUAAUUUCGAAGUGGCAAAUUGCUUUUCUCUUCGGGAAAAAUUUGAGGAUGGUGGAGAUAAUGAAACCAUUCAUAUGUUUACCGCUAUUGGAACCGAAGGAGGAAAUACAAGUUUACAUCAAUCAACGCAUUGGUCGAUUUGGAUUGAAGGAAAUCUAAGAAAACCAAUUGACAUGGACAUUCUUGCGAGCGGAGUGAUGGACUGGGGUGAUGCGUACGCGUUUAAUUCAUUCUAUGAUCCGGUUUAUGAUCGAAGAAUCUUCUAUGGGUGGGUGAGAGAAAGUCAUCGAAGUUAUGGAGAGAGAGCGUUCGGUUACAACGGACAGAUAACUUUACCCAGAGAAGUUUUCAUUCAGGUGAUUUCAAAUGUUGUUCACAUCAAUGAAUCUCUGAAUGCUUCUUGGACAUUAACAUCGAAUCAGGAUNGGGGUGAUGCGUACGCGUUUAAUUCAUUCUAUGAUCCGGUUUAUGAUCGAAGAAUCUUCUAUGGGUGGGUGAGAGAAAGUCAUCGAAGUUAUGGAGAGAGAGCGUUCGGUUACAACGGACAAAUAACUUUACCCAGAGAAGUUUUCAUUCAGGUGAUUUCAAAUGUUGUUCACAUCAAUGAAUCUCUGAAUGCUUCUUGGACAUUAACGUCGAAUCAGGAUGGAACAUUCACAUUUAAAACGCUCGGAAUUCGACCAAUAGAUGAAAUUGUUAACUUAAGAAAAACAAAUGAAUUUAUUCGUAAACAAUCUCAAGAAUUUCAUCAACCAAUCGAUUAUUUACCAAUGAAUGUGACAUCAUUGAGUUUUGAAUUAAAAGGCAACAUAAAUAUUUCAUUGAAUUCCACCGCUGGUUUUGUUUUUCGACGAUCAACAAAUAGUUUAGAAUAUACAACACUUUAUUACAAUCCAUUAAAUGAAUAUUUGAUUCUUAAUCGAACAUCUUCUUCGUUGAUUAAACAAUUUGAUAAUCAAACAAUUUAUGCCAAACAUCUUUUACUUACCAGACAGAUUUCAAAAAAUUUCGUUGAAAAAGAACUUCUUUCUUUGCAUAUUUUUCUUGAUAAUUCACUUUUAGAAGUUUAUGCGAAUAAUCGCACAGUCAUUUCUACUCAUAUUUAUCCAUCACUAUCGGAUUCACUCGAACUGGGAUAUUUUGUUGGAGGAACCGAUGGAACUGUUCAAUUUAGUGAUGUUUCAAUUUGGUUCAACUUACAAAAUGCAUUUCCAUUAAGACCACUGAAUACUUCGACUCAUUUAGUUAAUCCUACAGUGAACAAUGCUGCUAUCCACUCCUUUCAACUUUCUGUAUUUUUGUUUCUCUCUUGUCUUUUUCAUAGUUUAUAA